AUGGCUUCCCGUACCAUCUUCCUAGGUCCCACAAGAGCACUAUCCCGACUCGGACAACUCUCCUCAACUCUCGGCGCGACUGCAAGCCCAAGGGCGCCGUUAUCGACCGUGUCGUCCAAUAUUACCCUGUACAGCUGGCCUACGCCUAAUGGGAUCAAAGCCUCGAUCACUCUGGAGGAGUUAGGUCUUCCGUAUAAGCUGGUGCCUAUCGACAUCGGGACUAAUGUUCAGAAAGAAGAUUGGUUCCUGAAAAUCAACCCCAAUGGACGUAUCCCAGCGAUAAAGGAUGGCGAGCAACGCGUCUUCGAGAGCGGAGCCAUCAUGCUGUACCUUGUCGACAAGUAUGACAAGGAGAAGAAAAUCAGCUAUGCCCCCGGCACGCCUGAGUACGUCGAAAUGCUGAGCUGGCUCAUGUUCCAGAUGGGAGGCGUGGGUCCAAUGCAAGGUCAAGCAAACCACUUCCGCGUCUUUGCCGGAGUCCGCUCCGACUACGGUAUCAAGCGCUACACAGAAGAGACCAAGCGUCUCUACUCCGUCUUGGAGGCCCGUCUGAAGGAAAGCCCUUAUCUCGCCGGAUCCAAGUACACGAUCGCAGACAUCGCCAACUACUCCUGGGUGCACAGUGGGCCCACAAUCCUUGAAUUUGACCUGUCUGAGUGGCCAGCUCUCAAGAAGUGGAAAGAAGAGAUCGACCAACGCGACGCUGUCAAGAAGGGCGCCGACGUACCGAAACGCGAAGGUCCCCCAGGGCAAUUCGAGCAGUUUCUGAAGGAUGCUCGGGCGAAGAUCGAUUCGAUGCAAAAUACAGAUAAGCACUAG